AUGGCUCAACCAGCGCGCGCCGUGCUGCGUAUCGUGACGGUGCUGUUAUUGGCUGGUUGGUGCACGGCAAAGACGGUUACCUACGAUUUCAAUGUCACUUGGGUUACGGCGAACCCAGACGGCCUCAAAGAGAGGAAGGUGGUGGGCAUCAACGGCCAGUGGCCGCUCCCAGUCAUCGAGGUCGAUAAGGGGGACCAGCUAAUUGUCAACAUGCACAAUGGAUUGCCUGACAAGAAUGCCACCAUUCACUUCCAUGGCAUGUACCAGAACGGAACCAACGAGAUGGAUGGGCCUUCGAUGGUCACCCAGUGUCCGGUUCCGCCUGGCGCCGACUUCACCUAUAACUUCACCGUCAAUCAGAAUGGGACGUACUGGUACCACUGCCACACCGACUACUGCUAUCCCGACGGGUAUCGCCAGGCCUUCAUCGUCCACGACACGGAAUCCUACUUCUAUGAUGAGUACGAGGAGGAGUUUACCAUAACCCUUAGUGAUUGGUACCACGAGCUCAGCGAAGGCAUCGCCCCGGAUUUCUUGUCUGUGUAUAACCCCACUGGUGCCGAGCCGAUUCCCAAUGCGUUUUUGUUCAACGAUACGCUCAAUACCAAGAUCCCUGUCAAGCCGAAUACCACAUAUCUAAUCAGGCUGAUCAACAUCAGCGCUUUCGUCGCCCAGUACUUCUACAUUGAAGGCCACACUUUCAGAAUUGUUGAGAUUGACGGCGUAUAUACGGAGCCAGCGGAGGCAGACACGCUGUAUAUUGCCGUCGCUCAACGGUACGCGGUCCUGUUGACGACCAAGAACUCGACCGAUCAGAACUACGCCAUUGUCACAGUUGCGGAUUCGCAAUUGCUUGACACCAUCCCGUCUGACCUCCAUCUCAAUAACACCAACUGGCUGGAAUACAACGCAAAUGCAGCAUUCGAUCAAGCUGUCAUGACUGUCAAUGACUCCUCGAGCUUGGUUCCGUUUGACGAUAUAACUCUAGUUCCAUACGACCAUCUACCGCUGUAUCCAGACCCUGACCACCAGAUCAACGUAACGGUGUAUAUGGGGAACUUGCUGAACGGGUACGGCUAUGCCUUCCUGGAUAAUAUCUCAUAUACCGCGCCCAAGGUACCUACCCUGUUCUCCGUGCUGUCGUCCGGCGACAUGGCGACCAAUUCUGAGAUCUACGGCGACUUCACGCAUUCCGUCGUCCUGGAUCAUAACGACGUCGUCGAGAUUGUUCUCAAUAACGGCGAUACCGGCUCACACCCCUUCCAUCUCCACGGGCACAACUUCCAAGUUAUCAAUCGGGCGCCGUCGUACGGCGCCACCUUCUACGACUAUCUGAACGGCGACCCCGUCCCGUACGAUCCCAACAACCACACGGCUUUCCCUUCCGCCCCGGCGCGACGAGAUACUUUCGUGCUCCCCCCCCAAGGCUAUUUCGUCAUCCGCUUUGUUGCCGACAAUCCCGGUGUCUGGUUCUUCCACUGCCACAUCGACUGGCAUCUCGCUCAAGGCCUCGGCAUGCUAAUGGUCGAAGCGCCGACUCAGCUCCAGGAGCGCUCCCGCAUCCCCCAACAGCACUACGAUGUCUGCGCGGCCGCCGGCGUCCCCUCCAAGGGCAACGCGGCUGGCAACUUCAACAACUUCCUCGAUUUGACCGGGCAGAACACGCAGCAGCCGCCUCUCCCCGGCGGCUUCACCUCCCGCGGAAUUGUCGCUCUGGUCUUCUCCGUCCUGUCCGCCUUUGUCGGCAUUGCCUCCAUCGUCGUGUAUGGACUUAGCGAUCUGAAAUUCCAUCCCGGCAAGGAUGACGACGUACAGAUGGUGGUUGAGGAGUAUCAUGAUAAUACGCCCACGAUAUACGAUAUUCCGAAAUCCUCCUAG